AUAAUGAGUGAGAAAUGGAUUUUAGCGGUCUUCUGUCUGGCUGGGAACUUUGCUCUCUCAGAGUCUUGGUGCCGACCGUUCGAGAGAGCGGACAUAUAUUUCAUCAUGGAAGAUUCUUACAGCACUGAUCAUCAAUAUAACGACUUUAACACCCAAAAGGCUGUCCUCAGCAGAAUAGUAGGAAAACUUUACAUUAACAAAGACAAUGGGAUAAGAAUAGGCCUUGUCACCUAUCAUGAAAACGCUCUUCAUAGGUUUGAUUUAGACGAUCACACUACAACUUCCAGUAUCCAAAAUCAAAUCAACAGUGUAAGUCCCUCAAGGAAUUCUUGGAUCUACGAAAACGACACGGAUUAUAUACACAUGGGCAUUGAGGAGGCCCAAAAGCACUUCGUUUCAAGUAGUGGUGACCGCUCUGACGCUCCCAACAUCUACUUUUUCACGACAGAUUCUAUUUUUAGUGAGGAGUUAAACAAUAACAAACUUUAUAAUACUGCGUUGAACUUGCGAAACGCUGGUGAAAAUUAUUUCUGGGCAAUCGGGGUGCGCAGCGCCACUGGUCAAGUGGCCAAUAUCGUGGGGUCCGACGGGGGCUUUUACACCGGGAGUACAUGGGCGAGUUUAGAUUCAGAGAGCGAGGCAGAAGCUUUUUACCAAAAGUUCUCUGGUUGUCCUACAGUGGAUCCUGCUCAAUCUAAAUACUAUUGUUUCCGACCUAAUUUUUUAUACUUUGAAGACCCGGCUCAGGCAACUGCUACCACUGAAGUCUGUGAAACCGAAAUCGGUGUGAUGUAUUUGAUGGACGAUCCGCUCUUCCAGAUUAAUUGCUGUGGUGUAAUUUCCGCCUGGGAAUUCUACCCUUGUGCUGUAGGAAAGGUAGAAUUCAUGGUCUGGUCCAAGAAGUCGGGAAACACGUACGAACUCAAAGGCAUAAAUGUUGUAGAGGUUAUAGCAUCUGAUUUAAAUGGCACCAUAAAGUCCAUCAACUUCACAGUACCAGAGGAAGAGAGAAUUUCCAUUGUAGAGCAUGACAGGAUCGGAUGGCGAGUGUCGACACAGAAUAUUAUAUCUUAUCAGCCAUGUGACCUUCUAAAAGACCGAUUCUGUCCUCAGAAUAUCUACGCUACCAUCCAAUCAGAUGAUAUCUAUGAAUACAUGCAAUUUGAUUGGUCGGUUAGAUACGACAAUGAAACCAAUGAAAAUGUCACACAAUUAACUAAUAGAGGAUAUACUUUAAAAGUAUAUGCAAAUAAUAAUACUCAGGUGCAGUUUGUCGAGUCGCUCUACCUGACUGCCGCUGCAGAUCAUUGGCCAAUAGGAACCAGUUUUUCAUCGUAUGAAUUGACAGGUGUAGAUUACAAAGAAAAUAUCACGCUGACAUGGCAACAACCAAACGCUUAUAUUGACCUCAACGAAUCCUAUAGUUUUAUACAAGUGGCCAGACAGUUAGAGCCGUCAGAAUCCGCCCAGGGAAUGGCAGGAUACAAAGCGGUUCUUAGGGCGGUGGACACCUGUCGCUGGACCGCGUCCACUACCUUCUCGGUGGAAACCUUUAAUGGGCCUCCAAUCAUUACAAAUUUCCCUAAAGAGCUGUCGCUUUUGGAGAACACUGGGGGUAAUGUUUUUGUGUACCCAGUGGCUGUUUAUGACCCGACAGUGCCCCCUGACCCAGUCUGCUGUACCUUAGAAAGCGUUCGGCCCCAGACCCAGAACUUUGAGAUUAGACUUAUCAACAAUACAAACUUUCUCUUAUACACCACGGAGAAGCCAGUCUUUGACUACAACUCGUGGAACUCCUAUAUGUUGACUGUGUGCUGUGAGGACGGGUAUGGGACAGUUAAGGGUAUACUGAAGAUCGACGUGGAGCAGAUCAAAGAAAAGUUUUUAUACAAACCACCAACCUGGUUCUAUACCUCUAUCAUUGCCAGUUUAAUACCGAUUGGAGUCAUGUAUCUCACCGCGUGUGUUCUUCUCAUCGACACCAUGUUUUUCGUAAAAAUGAAACACACAGAUAGAUAUGACGAGGGCUUACGCCUGGAAAUGGUUUAG